UCAUCAUCUUAUCUGUUGUCUCUUUCUCUCGUUAAAGACCUGGCGUAUUUAUUUCUAGUAAACGCAGAGAAAACAAACAGCGUCCGUUUGACUCACGUGUGACAACGCAUCGAUCAAUAAACAUUGCGGUCGAAGAAUAUGCUGUGACAGGUACAUACAAUGCAUGACAUGUUUGACUAGUUAGUCAUCAGCAAUGUGUAAUGCUGACUAACAAUUAUCAAAUUUCGCGGUAAAAAUAACAGAUUGAUACGUUGUGUGAUUGUGUGCGAAAUUCAAUACGCGACAUGGGCGCAGGAAAGAGCCAGUUUACUGAAGAGGAGUUGCAGGAUUAUCAGGACUUAACAUACUUUACCAAGAAGGAAGUUUUACACGCACAUCAAAAGUUCAAGGCACUCGCGCCAGAGAAAGUAGGACACAACAGAAAUGCCAAGCUUCCAAUGUCGAAAAUCUUGCAAUAUCCCGAAUUAAGAGUAAAUCCUUUUGGAGACAGGAUCUGCAAGGUCUUCAGUUCUAGUCAGGAUGGCGAUUGUACUUUUGAAGAUUUCUUGGACAUGAUGUCCGUGUUCAGCGACGCUGCGCCGAAAGCUGUAAAAGCUGAACAUGCAUUUCGAAUAUUCGAUUUCGACGGCGACGAUAUGCUUGGUGUGGGAGACUUGAGGCAAGUGGUGGAUCGAUUAACUGCACCCCAGAGAUUGAACGACAACGACAUGCAGCAGCUACUUCAAUAUAUUCUCGACGAAGCAGAUCUGGAUGAUGACGGUGCUCUUAGCUUUGCAGAAUUUGAACAUAUUAUAGAAAAGAGUAGCGACUUUUCCAAGAGUUUUCGUAUUCGUUUAUAAUGGCAUGAUAGCAUUAACGGCGAGUAGUCAACAGAAGACUGAACAUUGAUCGAUAUUCAAUAAUAAUUUUAACAAUAGACACGGGCCUAAUAUUAUAUACUCAUGAAAAAGGGACAUGAUCGACAGGAUGUGCAAAGGCCCUAUUUAAUUAGGCCUAAGCUAAAUAAUAUCAGUAAAAACGUAACUCUCUUAUUUUUUAUCGAGCUUAUAUCGCGAUUAUUUGAUAUUAUCAUAAUCGAGGAGACGAAUGUAACAAAUAUACAUCUCUUAUCAUUAAUAUAUGUACAUGCGUGCACUACAAAAUUUGAAAUUCUGUUAUGUAUUAUUAUAUAGUAAUAUUGAUUUACAUAUUAUAAAUCAAUACAAAAAUCAAGUUUUUCUUAAUACUUGAACUGCCCAGCUAAUUUCAAGCAUGAGCCCUAUUUGCACGUACGAUUGUAUUAUCAGACUGCCAAGUUAAUUUCGAGCGUAUAUCACGUUCACAAUCAGAUGUGUCCAAACACAGCAGAAUAUUUACAAUUUCUGCAUAUACAGAUAUCGGAAAGUAUUUAAUGUGUACUUUAAAAAAUAUACGCAUUUAUAAAAGUA